CGGGCCUCCAACGUUCUCUUGUCAGCUUUAAAACCAAAAAAAGAAGAAAAAGAAAAAAAUAAAGAAAAAAAGGGAAAAAAAAAGCCAUUUCCUUUUCCAAUUCCGUCAUUUCUUUAUUCAAUUUCUCGUGACGGACGUGAAAUUAUUUUCCAACCCAAAACGUAUUUUUCGGAUUCCGUGGAUCCUCCCAUUAAAAUAAUUAAAAUAUUCCUCAUUUUCUCAAUCUGCAUUUUUCACUAUUUUUCUGCAUUUUUCCUUUCUUCUUUCUCUCGUAACUCUCAGACCGGCCUGCAGCUGCGACCGAUCCGGUAUCGGUAGCGGUUUUUUCGGGCAUAAGAGAACCGGUUUUCGGACCGGAGUGGGAAGAUAUCGGAAGAGAAGGCAUUGAAGCUUGAGAGAGAGAAAUCGGACUUUAGGAAUGCUGCCGAUGGAAGGAAGGAAAGGAAGAAAAUCUCAAGGAAAAAGUCGAGCGAUGAGAGCUUCGGGGUUUGAUCUUUGAGGCUGUAGAAGGAUAAGUUUGUUUUGGUAAUUAAAGUGGUUUUGGGGCGUUUUUGGAAAUCUAUGUAUGGAGGGAAGGGAAGGGAUGGGUUCUGGAAUGCCGGCGGAAGCUUCUGGAAGUUUCCAUACGGUGGUGAAGGUGGAGGAUUCCGGCCAGGGGGAAGCGGCGGCGGCGGCGGGGGCGCCGGCGGCGGUGAGCUUGUCGCUGGCGGAGGGGAGGAAGAAGAGAGGAAGGCCGAGGAAGUAUGGGCCGGACGGGAGUGUAUCGUUGGCGCUGUCGCCGAUGCCGAUUUCGGCGUCGGCCCCGACAGGGGAGUUCUCGGCAGUGAAGCGGGGUAGAGGGCGGCCAGUGGGUUCGGUGAACAGGCCGAAGCAGUUUAAUUUGGAUUCAGGUGAAUGGGCAGGGAGCUCUGUUGGAGCCGAUUUCAUGCCCCACGUCAUCACUGUUGCUGCUGGCGAGGAUGUUACCAUGAAGAUCAUAUCAUUUUCUCAACAAGGGCCUCGAGCUAUUUGCAUUCUUUCUGCAAAUGGUGCUAUCUCAAAUGUUACACUUCGUCAGCCUGAUUCUUCUGGGGGUACUUUGACAUAUGAGGGUCGCUUUGAGAUACUUUCAUUGUCUGGAUCCUUCAUGCCUACCGAAAGUGGAGGAACAAGAAGCCGAUCUGGUGGGAUGAGUGUCUCUCUCGCAAGCCCAGAUGGUCGUGUUGUAGGGGGAGGAGUUGCAGGUUUAUUGGUAGCUGCCAGCCCAGUUCAGGUUGUCGUGGGCAGUUUUAUGCCCAACAUUCAGCGGGAACAGAAGCCCAAGAAGCCAAAAACCGAAUCCACCUCGGCCGCAACACCAACUGCAGCCGUUCCCAUUUCUAGCACAGACAUGGAUGAGUCAUAUGGUAGGCCAGAACAGAGAAGUUCAACAAUCCCAAAGCCGAAUCUCACAGCUUCCUCUUCCUUCCGAGGAGACAGCUGGGCAUCCUUACACUCCUUACCGGACUCGAGGAACACUACUGAUAUUAACAUAUCAUUGCCAGGUGGGUAGUCCGAAUGGUGCCCGCUGCUGGCCUGAUGGUUUCUUACUGACCCACAUCAGUAUUUGGCUGUGGUUGCUUGGUGCAAACUACACCAAUUACUGAAUUCUUGCAUGUUUGUGUCUGACUUGCUUGUAAACUGGCUCACUUGAGACGAUUCAAAGCUUAGCUGAGGUUUGUUCCUCUUAUUUCAUGUGCUGGGAUUCUGAUCUUUUAGGUUGACUGGGUGGGCCAUGAUCUGUAGCUGUUGCAAUCACAUCCCUUGUUGUUCUAACAUUUGCAUGUUUUUAGAUGUGUAAAACCUGGUUUUCCACUGUUGUUUAAACUUCUACUUUCUGCUUUGAA